GAGGCAGCGGCAGAGCGGAGGUAAGCUCAUCACUGUCUGGCCAUUGAUGUUUCUCCGGCUUUGUUGACGACAGCAGUCCUCCAUGGGAUCCCCGAGGCGGGUUGAAAAAGCAGACUGGCUGACGUGAUGACGUUACCGGGAGAAGCGGCUCUCCUGCGGGCUGACAGCUGAUGGAGAGGAGUCCCUGCUCCUCCUCUCACACACACGGCCGGGGUCGUAUGAGGCGGACACGGAGCCCUGAAAUGACACACUGAACUGGACAGAAUCAACUGGAAGCACUGGGACGUGUUGAGUGGAAUGGAUGCAUCGCAUGAGUUUACAAGAUAACGCUUUUUUGGUGGAUGUCUAUUUUUGACCAGCUGAUAGGAUUAAUAAAUAAUUCUCUGGUACUCUCAUCGGUUGCCUUGUCAUCGAAACAUCAUCAAGGCAACUCGCUGAUAAAAACACAUCACGAUGACUUGAAUGAGUGCCUUUUGUUGUGUAUGCAGCCCAUUCGGCUAAAUGACAUCUUUAAUCCAGCAUCACUAAAGCCCAUUGUUUUUUGACCUCAUUUGUACUUUUUGGGGAACUGAUCACUUUUAAUCAGGAUUGCAAAUCACCGAGAUAGCCGAGGGAAAGCGCAAGUACUAUGCACCGCUGUCUCACACCCGACACCGAACCAGUAACCUCAGCGGAGGAGAGGCGCUCAUAACGGUACCGACCCCUCCGAAGAACCCCUGACCUCCCUCUGGGUGUUUUGUUUUAUCCACGGGGCUGUAGAGAGCUGCAGGGAUGUUUGCCGCCGUGGAGCAUGGCCCGGUCCUCUGCAGCGACUCCAACAUCCUGUGCCUGUCCUGGAAGGGCCGGGUGCCCAAGAGCGAGAAGGAGAAGCCGGUGUGCAGGAAGCGCUACUACGAGGAGGGCUGGCUUGCCACCGGGAACGGUCGAGGAGUUGUCGGGGUCACGUUCACGUCCAGCCACUGCAGACGGGACCGGCCCACCCCGCAGAGAGUCAACUUCAACCUCAGAGGACACAACAGCGAGGUGGUCUUGGUGCGGUGGAAUGAGCCCUUCCAGAAACUGGCCACUUGUGAUACAGAUGGAGGGAUCUUUGUCUGGAUCCAGUAUGAGGGCCGCUGGUCCGUGGAGCUGGUCAAUGACCGUGGAGCACAGGUGAGUGACUUCACGUGGUCCCAUGAUGGCACCCAGGCUCUUAUCUCCUACCGUGACGGCUUUGUACUGGUGGGAUCAGUCAGCGGACAGAGACACUGGUCCUCCGAGAUCAACCUGGAAAGCCAGAUUACCUGUGGUAUCUGGACUCCUGAUGACCAGCAGGUGUUGUUUGGUACUGCAGAUGGACAGGUGAUAGUGAUGGACUGCCACGGGCGCAUGCUGGCCCACAUUCUGCUGCAUGAGUCGGAUGGCAUCGUCAGCAUGUCCUGGAACUAUCCCAGUUUCCUGGUUGAGGACAGCAGCGAGAGCGACACAGACUCUGACGACUACUCCGCACCGCAAGUGCACAGCCAGAAACCACUGCUGACAGUCAGCUUCACCUCUGGAGACAUCAGCCUGAUGAACAACUACGACGACCUCUCUCCCACCCUCAUCCGCACCAGUCUGAAAGAUGUGGUGGUCCAGUGGUGCUCGCAGGGAGACCUCCUUGCAGUGGCAGGGAUGGAGAGAACCCUCCUCUCCCCCGACCCCUCCUGUCCUCCCCCCACCAGGAAUGCCAUUGUUAAGUUUUACAAUGUUCGUGGUGAACACAUCUACACACUGGACACACCAGCGCAGCGCCCCAUCACUACGCUGUGUUGGGGUCACCGGGACUCUCGUCUGUUCUUGGCAUGCGGCCCGGCGCUCUACGUAGUGCGAGUGGAGCACCGCGUUGCCAACCUGCAGCUACUCUGCCAGCAGGGCAUCGCCACAGCAGUGAAGGAGGAAAAAGAUGUUGCCAAGCUCACCAUGCCUUCCCGCCUUUGUUCUUACGUCACUACUGCUUUUGUCCCCACCAUCAAGCCCCCCAUACCUGAUCCCAACAACAUGCGUGAUUUUGUGAGCUACCCAACAGCUGGAAACGAGCGUCUGCACUGUACCAUGAAGCGUACAGAGGAUAACCCGGAGGUGGGGGGGCCCUGCUACACUCUGUACCUGGAGUACCUAGGAGGUUUGGUGCCUAUCCUCAAAGGCCGACGAAUAAGUAAACUUCGUCCAGAGUUUGUCAUUAUGGACCCCAAGACAGAUGGAAAAACAGAUGAGAUAUACGGCAACAGUCUGAUAUCUGCCAUGAUUGACAGCUGUAACUGCUCAGACUCCAGUGACAUUGAGCUGAGUGAUGACUGGGUUGGCAAGAAAUCUCCAAAGAUAUCCAGGGGGAGUAAAUCCCCCAAACUGCCCAGAGACUUAGUUUGUCCCUUUACCAACAGGAUCAACAUUGAUCCCAGAAAAUCGCCCAAACUUUCCCGCACUACACAAGAGAUCUCCAGGUCACCACGGUUACCGAUACGGAAACCCUCAAUUGGGUCACCCAGUCUAACACGGAGGGAAUUUCCUCUAGAUGACAUCACUCAGCAAAAUUACCUUGCUCAGGUCACAUCAAAUAUUUGGGGGACAAAGUUCAAGAUUGUGGGGCUCGCCACAUUCUUGCCAACUAAUCUUGGUGCAGUCAUCUAUAAAACGAGCCUCCUCCACCUGCAGCCCAGACAGAUGACCAUCUACCUUCCAGAGGUGCGAAAAAUCUCCAUGGACUACAUCAAUCUGCCUGUUUUCAGCCCCAACGUCUUCAGUGAGGAUGAAGAUGACCUGCCUGUCACAGGACCUGCUGGCAGCACAGAUGACAACCCGCCCUGCACUGUAAACAUCCCUAUUGCCCCCAUCCAUAGUCCCGCCCAGGCCAUGUCCCCCGCCCAAAGCAUUGGUCUGGUUCAGUCACUUCUAGCCAAUCAAAAUGUUCAGCUGGAUGUCCUAACAAAUCCCACUGCAACCCCUGCUGGGGCAGCUGCUGGUGGGUCGGACCAAAGCCAGGACACCAUCCUGACAGCCCAGUACACAGUCCCCACCAGGUACUCCAGUCCUGGUCAGGUCAUCUUUGGGGGACUAGAAAUGGGUCGCCUAAUGGUGGGACCUCCCCCUUCUCAUCAUCCUUCACAACAACAGCAACAACAAAGUCACCAACAACAACAACAACAGCAGCACCAUCAACAAAUUCAGCAGCAACAGCAACUCCAACAGCAGCAGCAGCAGCAGCAGCAGAUGCUCCAGCAUCAACACUUACAACAGCAGCAGCUUCAGCAACAGCACAUUCAGCAGCAGCAACAGCACAUCCAGCAGCAGCUCCAACACAUGCAGCAGCAGCAUCAGCAUCAGCUCCAGCAGCACAUACAACAACAGCAACAACUACAACAGCAGCAUCAACAGAUUCAGCAGCAACUGCAGCAACAAAUGCAUCAUCAACAGCAAACACAGCAACAUCACCAUCAGCUUCAGCAGCAGCUCCAAAUACAAAUCCCUGUUCCCUCCAUGGCGUCAGGACAGCCUUCAGGUGCUUCUGUGCACCAGCUCCAGCCGGGCGCACUUCAGAUACAGAUCCCUCACCCACCUGCUGAUUUAGUGGUCGAGAGAGCAGUGGGGGGUGAACACGAGCACCUACUGAAAAUCAAAACCACUCGGUCAACUCCACAGCUGGCUGAGGGUGAUACGGUGGUCUUCAGUGCCCCGCUAGAGCUAAGCAAGAUGAACCCCCCGCCCCCUUACCCCGGCACUGUGGCUGCCGCUGUGGCUGCAGCAGCAGCUGCUGCCGCCUCGGCAUCAGCCUCCGCUGCAGCCUCCAGCGCUGCUUCUGGAUCAGUAGGGAGCACCAGUGGGACUCCUCCCCCUGGUGACGUUUGUCUAAAGAAGGGAGAGUUUUCACUUUAUCCUUCAGGUCAGCAGCAGGCGCAGUACCCUACACCCCUGGGAUAUGAGAGGAUAACAACAUUUGACAGCAGUGGGAAUGUGGAAGAAGUAUGUCGUCCUCGAACGCGCCUUGUCUGUAAUCAGAAUGUCUACACACUCCAGGGACCUGGCAGCUCUGCCACUCUCAGGGUCACCUCCUCAUCCUCCUCCUCCUCAGCUGACAAGAAGAUCCAGCUGCCCUACACCUCAGCCACACUCAACAGACUCACUGCACCUCGCUAUUCCAUACCCAGCGGCGACCCGCCCCCAUACCCCGACCCAGCCAAUCAGAACAGUGCUGUCGGCAGGAACCCUGGACAGAGGCUCGACAGCAGUCUGAUCCACGCCACUCUCAGGAGGAACAGCCGAGAGGCCGCUCUCAAAGUUUCCCAGAUGCUGGAGCCGCCCAGACCACUGCCUCCUAAGGCUAAAAACAGUAGUGCACUAGCAGCUUCGUUCCAGCAGAGGGUGCCCACAGCCUUAUACACCUGCAGCCAGUGUAGCAGUGGAUCCAGUGUUGGAGGUACUGCCCCGGGAAGCACUAAUGGGAUAGCAGGAGGAACUAUCAUCAGGCAGGACUUCCCUCCAGGGAACGGGGCUCCACACAGUACAGUUAUUGUGCACUCCAACAGUGCUACUCCUCUGGCCUCCCAGUCCUCUUACAACCUGCUGAGCUCUCUUGAAGGAUCUGGGACUGCAGCAGGAGGAGGGAGUAACAGAGACAGGGCUGAUUAUGUUAAUUCAGCAUUUACUGAGGAUGAAACACUGAACCAAUCACUGAGGCAUCUGGCGCUAGGAGGAAAUGAUGCGUCAGGGCUGGUUGUUAAACGCCCACCUCCCUAUCAGUGGGACCCAGCUGCCACAGAGGAGGUGUGGGUUCCUCAGGAACGGACAGCAACGCUGAAUCCCACUGGCCCCCCCGGACCCCACAAACCACCCCCACUUAUUCUCACCCCAGCUCAGCACUUGGACGUGUCCAGGCUGCCUUUUGUCCUUUCUCCAAAGUCCCCCACCAGCCCCAGUGCUGCAUCAUUUCAAGCCGCGGCGGCAGCUGCAGGCUACCAAAUCUCUCUCCAGUACCCUGCAGCAGCUGCCUAUUCUGGAGCCCAGCUGCAACCCAUUCCAGGAUCACCUCGCCCCUGCUCCUCCCCAAAGGAGGUGGUGGCACCGGUGCCAUUCUCACAGCAGGAUGCAGCCCUUGUCUUACCGCCUGGUUACCCUGCAAACCUGGCAAACCUCGCCUGCUGCCCCCUCCCUCCCCUGUAUCCAGGAGGAAGUGCUUGUGCAGGGCUCCCCAUCCCCCCGAUCGCCCUUCACACUCCCUGGGGUACCUAUAAUUCCUGCCCACCGAUGCCCAGUCCUGCAGUGCCACUACCACCCAAAGCCUCUCACAUGGCAGUAGACAAAAGUGUUCACUCGCCUCCACCUCCUCCUCCUCCCCCUCCUCCACCUCCUCCGCCACCACCAGCAGAGCUGCAGAACCACGGAGGGUUACAGGAGGCCAUGGCAGAGGCCGGGGAAAGUUUUCAGGAGGUGCUCUCCUUGACUGAAAGUCCUGUCCCGCAGCGAUCUGAAAAGUUCAGCAAGAAGAACCGCAAGAGGGCGGAUGGGCGCGCUGAGGAGGCUAACGUGCCGCCGUUGGCUGAAGGGAGCAAGUCAAAAAAAGAGGGCAGAGCUUUGGGUGAUUUCAACUCACUCAUCUCCAGUCCGCGGCUGGGAGGGAGGGACAAGAAGAAGCUGAAGGGACAGAAAGAGCAGCAGUUAAAGGCUAAGAAGCUGAGUAAGGCCACUGCCAAUAGUGAGUUCCAAGACAGUUCGGAGAGUGAGCCAGAGCUGUUCAUCAGCGGGGACGAGCUGCUCAAUCAGUGCCAGAGCGGUAAGAAGGGCUGGAAGAGUAAGAGGAACUUGAGGGCUGCCAGUGAACUGGAUGAGAUCAAGUGUCGAAAGGCCAACGAGAAAGAGGACCGCGGGCUGGGCAGCCAGGGGUUUGUGUACGUCAUGGCCAACAAGCAGCCGCUGUGGAAUGAAGCCACGCAGGUCUACCAGCUGGACUUUGGUGGCCGCGUCACACAGGAGUCUGCCAAAAACUUUCAAAUUGAACUGGAGGGCAGACAGGUGAUGCAGUUUGGCAGGAUUGAUGGCAAUGCCUACAUCCUGGACUUCCAGUACCCCUUUUCUGCUGUGCAGGCCUUCGCAGUGGCUUUAGCCAAUGUUACUCAACGCCUCAAAUGAGAUGUCCCCUCCCUUACUUACCCUGAGUUAUAUCUGGGAUUCAAAUGCAAUCUGUUGAAGGGGCACAGUUGUUUCAUUUGAGAUUACAAACUUUAAUUUUUGGAGAGAAGACUUAAAUCAGCCCUGGUCAUAGAGAGAGAUACAAUCAUGCUGCACUACACAAUGCUGCCACUAGAGUUGGUGCAAUAAGCAUUGGCUGCAUUUGCCAAGGAUGCUCUCAGAUCUGCUCCGCGUGGCAGUCGGCGGCUCCUUGCAAUGCAUGUAGGGCCAAAGAGCUGAGCUUUGGUAAUCAUCAUGCAAAUAAAUGCUGCUUUAGCUAGAAGAAGCUUAUAGACGUGAUAACCGAUCGGUUAGAGGAAUUGUCAAGGUGCAGUUUUCAACAAGAAGCAGCAGUAAUACUUGAAAACCACACUCUGGAGAUCACAGUUGUUUUUUCCCCAGAGCGCACAGGUACUACUGGGCACUGAAAUCCAUUGCUGUACAAACUUCAGUGAAACAGUUACCACUUUAUUAUACUGCUUUUGCGUUUAAGGAUUUUAUUAAAUGACUAAACAUGGUGGAGGGUAGGAGGGUCUUUUUUUUUUUUUUUUUAGCUCUCUGCCAUUCCUUUUGUUACUAUCUCAAUCUAUUUCGGCUGGAAAUGAGGCGUAGAUAUAUGCAUUAGGAGCACUCCUAAGAGAUCACACUUUUCACUGUAGGGUUAAAAACGUGGGAGUAAACAUAGAUGAGGUGAGCUGCAGUCUUUUCCACAUAGUUUCCUGGGACUUUGAAGGAAGAAGAAAUGUUACUCUGCUACAUUUGGGUUAAUUUAUGUGUACAUUUUGUUGUUUAUCUAUUCAGAUAUGAAUUUUAACAUUAUUGUCAUUGUUUGUGAUAUACAAUCUUCAUACCCUGUCAACAUGGUUUUCAACUUACCUGCUUUAUUUGGGAGAACUGGUGGCUGAAUUUGAAUAUUGCUGUGUAGUAGUAAUUCAGGUGGGAGGGGUGUACUGAAUAGCUUUGACUGAUUUAUCCUGUACUAUGGUGACAUGGGCGCAAAAGAAGUCGCCGAGGCCCGGAUCUAACGACUAAACCUCUGGCAUGAAGUGAUGUGUCACCUGCUGUCACUUCUGUGAAGUGUGUGUGUAGUUUCGGGGGGUGGGUCAGGUUGUCGUCCCUGCUCUUUAAGAACACGCUAAACAUGUAAGCAAGGUACAGGAAAUAUUUUUGUAUAUUUCACCUAUGCCAUUUCAUACUCUUUUCAGAAGUCAUGUAAAUACAUAUCAGUCAUACGUAUGUAAAUGUUGUAAAGAGACUUGGGGGUGACUUUGACGGAUGUCUGUUUACACCUGUCUCCACUGUGUUUUAAGUGUAACUUCAGGUGUGGAGCGACGCUGUAGUACUGUUUAACUCAACCGCUACAACCACAAAAAAAAAAAAAGUUAAUGGUUAAGCUGAAAUCAUUGUCACUGAAUCUUUGAAGUCAGAACUCCGAUGAAGGAUGAAGCUAUUGAAAUCUGUUCAUUUCGUAAGCUGACACUGAAUUGAAACUGAAAUCUGAAAAGCUGAUUUAUUUCCUUUUUUUUUUUUUUUUCUUCUUUCGGGCAGUCGAGCUUGUGUUGAUCUAAGACACAGAGCAGGGCCGGCUGAUAGGAGCGUGUGCAGGAGUAAAUUAUAAGGCACAUUUCAAAUAUAAAUAAAUAGGUUUUAUCUAUUUAAGAUUGUAGCCAAAAUGACGAAAAAGGGCAGUAAUAUUAGGUAGGUUUUACCUUUGUGCCAAAUAUUCCUUUACUAAAAUUUAUAGUUGGAAAAAAUGGGCCAAGAGGGAAGUGUAACUUAAGCCGAUGGUUUGGAUCUCUUGAAAUUGGGUUGUAUGAAAAACGUAUCCAUAGUCAGUGUAUUUCAUACAGUAGAGUCUGUUGACAUGCAACCAGUUUGGAGAAGCAGCUGAAGUACUGACACAGAAGCUAAGCAAUGUACUGCUCUGGAUGGGGGCAGUAACAAAACCUAUUUUAGGCAAGGCAAGUUCAUUUAUAUUACAAUUUACAUUUCAGCAACAAGACAAUUAAAAAUGCUCUACAUAAAAUAUCAAUCGAGACAAAGUGAAAAAAACAAACAAAAAAAACAUUUUUAAGGGACAUUUUAAUGCAAUUAAAAAAAAAAACAACUUAAAGAGCUACAGAAUAGAAAAUGAUAACAUGCAAAAAAAUACCAAAAAAAAAAUUAAGACAGGGAUAAAAUAAAUAUAAAAGUUACACUGGAGUGUAAGAAAAGAAUAAAUAUGUAAUUUAAUAAAAUGCAGCAGCAAAGAAAAAAGUUUCCUGCCAUGAUUUAAAAGAACAGUUGCAGCCAAUAGAAAAAGGUCACACCAAAAAAAUCAGUAUCAGUUUAUGUAUUUGCUAUAUUUAGAAUAUUUUCACCACUUAGGGCUUUCAGCACACUGUUUAGCUUCUGUGUCAGCAUUUCUGCCGUUUCUUCAAACUGGUGGUGUGUUAAUUGACAUCCAUUGUAUUUAAAAGAUUGACAAUGGACCACAUACAAACCCACUUUAAAAAAAUCUGGACUUUCCCUUUAAUUCUUGAUAUAAAGAAAGCUUUGGACCAGCUCUGUUUUGGUCUCUGAAUUGAUGAGAUUAUUAAAUCCUUUGGUGUGAUCUUUCUGUGUCACAACAAGAUGCAUGUCUGUCAGUGGGGGGUUAUAAGGACGGGGGUUGAAAAAGAAUUUUAAAAAAAAGUCUCCUCUGAUCCUAAAAUAUGAAAAGAGCAUGUCAUAAAGAAAAUAUCCAUCUUUUUUGUGUUAGUUGUGCAAUAUUUUCUAAGAGGGGAAAAACAUCCUUUGUCAUUACAGAUUGAAACCAUUCUUUGAGUUCAGCAUCUCAGUUGCUGGUCUGUACAUUUUAUUUAUGAGAUUAUUUCCUGAAGGAGAUAUAGUAUCUAUACAUACUGUAUAUUGUGGAGUUUUCUGAGCAUUUCUUUGUGUUGAUAAAAAAUUUGUUACAAGUGUAGCCCGGAUUGUGAGAUGGGCAGACGGGGUUGGGUCGAGGGGGAAGGGGCGGGGAGGGGGGUCGGGAACGGGCAACUUUUCUGUGUUUUGUGAAGUUUGCAUUGGAUGGAAAAGAUGUGAAUGAGUAAGUGCCCAGUUUAGUGUAGUUGGUAGACUAGUUAUGUAGAGUGUAACUGUCAAGUCGAGGUGUGUCUGUAUUCAACUGUGCAGUCUACCAGUCCCAUCAGUGUUAAAUCUAUUAUCUUUAAACGUGUGUGUUCAUGGCUUCUUACACAUACACACACCUACACACACAUCGUUCACAUAAGUUCACAAGUGUAAGCCACUGAGUUCAUGUUCGGAAUUGCCUAUGGACUUAGGUUAAGGAUUCACUUUAAACUGAUUUUAUGAGACGACCUGUUGUAGAUAUUGUAGGAUUUGGCUUUUCUUUAGAAAAGGUAUGUGCUUUGUAUUUGUAGAUGUAGGCUUAAAUGACAAAAACACUUGAAAAGAAUCUGAGUCUGAUUUGGUGACUGAACGUUUAUAGUGAAUGGAUAGUAAGGCAUGCCAUGUAAAUUAUUUUAUAAUUGUAUAUGUCACGCAUCUUUUGAAUAAAACGUCAUUGUUUCCGAAAAAAA